AUGGUCUACAAUGACGAAAUCGCCUUAAUUAACUACAAAAAGGGACUCAAUCCAACAUAUUUCCAGACAGUCCAAGCGGCUCAGUUGAAAACUUUCAGCGAAGCAAGGAAUUUUGCUGAGAACAUUGACUCACAAGCUCAGCAACAGGGAAUAUUUACGUACCGAGAAAACAACCGGAGAUUCCAGAAUAAUCGCAGAUACGCGAACGGAGGCAACCACAACUACCGCAACAAUAACUAUGAUAAUUUCGGGAAUAGUUUCAACAACAAUUAUCGUUAUCGAAGGGAUAAUGUCCGAAACAACAACAGAAAUGCGUUCCAAUCCGGAGAAUCCGCCAAUUCAGGCAACAAUGCACGCAAUAACAACACUGCCCGCACUACCUACAAUACCCCUAAUAAUACGCGCCGCUCAGGUGACCACUAUGUUCGUAGUGGUCGUACCCUUUCGAACCAACCUAGCAGGCAGGUACGAGUAGCAAACGUGCAGGAAAACUCCUACCGCCCGGAGGAAAAUUAA